AUGCACAUAUACCUAUUGAUGCUUACCAUGGCAUUGGUGAAUGGAACAGUGAAAUAAAUUGGGUUAAAUGAAGUAGUCGAUGAUGCAAUCGAAGCCUAUGAUUUUAAGGUAUAUAGAUUAUAAUUGCACAAUCCAGAAAAGUUGUAGAAUCGUACUUUGAUAGUAUAAUUGCUACCAUAGAUUGGAAAUCCUAAGGUAGCUGUAGAUUGUGAUACGGAACCAAAGCUAUUAGAUUAUUACGAAUGGCAAACAGGAUCUUGGUUCCUGUAAUAACUCUCAAUUUCCUACUAAGAAAGACAAGCAGUUAAUUGCACAGAUAAUCAAUUCUAUAUUGGUGUUUCUAGUGAAGUUGUAUCAGGCUAUUCUUUGGUUACAUAUGUUUUGGAUGGUAUCCAAUAGUUGGAAUACAACAUUCCACUCAGCGGUGAAUUAGUAGAGAAGGAGAUCCUUCAAUUUAAAUUGAAACCAAACUAAUCAACCGAAUAAAUUACUUUGCAGAUUACAGCUAAUUAAGCAGAAAAAUUCUUAAAGUAAUGUAGUAAGGAGGAUUGCUAGAUCACUUUGAGUGAUUAUGAAGCCAAUAACACUGAUACAGCCAUGCAUCUGACUUAAUCAUCGCUUACUUUUGUUCAUAAUGAUUGCUAAGAUUGCUAUUAUUUAAUUGGAUUGAAAAGUGAUUCUAAAACACAAUUUCGUAUUUUGGCUAAACAUCAGGAAUAGCAUGUUGUUUUGAGAGAGGGACAAUAAGAACAAUUUCAUGUUGAAGAAGGAUUCUAUAUUUAUUAUUUGUACAAUAUUCCCAAUGAUACUAAUAUAAAAAGUGUAAAAUUCUAAAUCACUCAAUACAAUGGAACAUGUACGUUGUAUGGCAGCUCAUCAGAACAGUAUCCCAAUUUUGAUAAAUUUGAAAUGAAGAGUUUAUCCUAAUUGAAAGCUAGCAAUGCUAAAACUUUCUAUUUGAGUGUUUAUGGUAAUACUUAAUGCCAUUAUGGUAUUUACACUUAAGUGGAAAGAUAUUAAACCAUUAAUCAAACCUAUUUCAUCUAAUUGCAAAGUGGAGUACCUCAAAAAUACUUAUCUGGGGAUCAAUACAGUUUCUUUUAUAUUUAAUUAACCUAGAAACAAAAUUUUACAAUUUCAUUAUAAAACAUUGAAGGCAACUUCAUUAUGUAUGUUAAGUCCAAUCUAAAAAAUAAAGAAAUACCUGAUAGCAAUAGUUAUCAAUGGAAAGACUAAAAGCAAAUAGAAAUUAACAUUGAUGAUCCUAACUAUGCAACUUAAUAUUAUAUUGGUGUCCAGAAUUUGAAUGAUCACGGAGAAUUUAUCAUCCAAUAUACUUUGCAUGGAGAUAUUGAAUUUUAUCAAGUUGGGUAAUAGAUUAUAGGCACUGUAGCAGAAAAAAAGUUUCGAUAUUAUAAAUUACCUAUGCAGUCUAGAAAUCUCAUAAUUACUAAAGAUAUCUACUCAGGCAAUGAUGUAUUUGAUUUAGACAUGUUCAUAUCAUUAGAUCAGAAAAAUACACAUCCAAGCCUCAAACAUUACAAUAUCUAUCUUAUUGGAAAGAAUUUAACUAUUCCCGAUACUGAUUUGUAAUGCCCUUAGAAUACAACUAAGAUUAACGAAAAGAAUCUGUGUUACAUCUAUAUAGCCGUGACCUCAUCAUCAGGAACAAUCUUCUACACCAUAUCUACAAAAUAUAAUAAUAGUUUAAUUCAACUCCAUGAAGGAUAUCCCUAAACUGUCACUUUUGACUAAGAAACUCUAUUCUAUUAUAUCCUCAAGAAUAAAGAACUCUCAUUGCAGUGGUAUUCCUAUGGAGGAAGUCAAGCAAAUAUUGAGCCUUACUUUGGUAACAAAGAUAAUUCUGAUCUGAGAUAUGAAACAUUCAAAGCACAUUCCUAUUUCACCUAAUUUUAAAGUUUUACAAUCCCUGAAACUGAGAAGUAUUAGGUUUUAUACAUCCGUGUUUAACCUAUAGAGCCUCAUUAUUAAAAUGACACCUAUACGAUUGGUGUCUAUGAAGAAGUUAAACUAUUGACUCUAUCAGACCCUAUUAUCGACGUUAUUUAAAAAGGUUAAACCAAAUAUUACAAACUCAGUUUAACAUAAGAUGUUAAGUCGAUACAAGUUAAUAUUCAUGUCAAAGGAGGUGGUGAAUUUGUUAAUGCUAGAAUAUCUAAAGGGAAAGACUAAAGACCCAGCCUAUCUGAAUUUAAUCAAUAGUGGUCACAUAUUUUUAGAACAACUUACAUUCUAUAAGAGGUGAAUAAUCGAUAUUUGGCAAAGGAUGAUUAUAUCAUAGGCGUGUUUGGGGAAGAAGAAUGUGAAUUUUAAAUUAAUUACAAUACUGACGAUGCAAAAUUUGUCAAUGCUUUCCUUGGCUAUCCAUUUGAUGUUCUAUUCCAUGAAGACAUACCUCAUUAUUACAUUUUUAGAGAUGAUCCAAAUGAUAAGGAAUAUAAAAUCAUUGUGUUUGCGUUCCAAGGUAAAUUGUAAGUCAGGGCAAAAGCAUUGGAGUCUAUUGAUGAUGAAACUAUUAUUAGUAUUAAUGAUCAUUUGUUUAUUGAUGAAAUUGUUGAUAAACAAAAAUCAUUUAAAGUGAAGACUUGCGAAAAAGUGGGUUGCGUUUAUUCAAUUGAAAUUACAGCCGUCUAAGGGAAUAGUAAAGGUUUGAUUGAAUUUAGUGGUCAAAAGUAUUAGACUACCCUAUACGACAAUCUUCAAUGGAGAGAAGUUUUGAGUGAGUCAGAGUCUUCUCAAUAUCGCUUUUAUUCAAAUGUUGAUGUUCAAAUCAGUGUCUCAUUGAUAAGCGGGGACAUUAGAUUAUAUUUGAAGGAAGGUUAAGAACUUCUGCAUAAUGAUGAAGCAGAUCUGACAUCCAGAAUUUAAUAGGACACCUUAAUUCUAUUCGAAAAAAAGAAAACCUUAGAAUCAUUGAUUACAAUAAAAGUUGAAUCAUUGGUACCUGUUUCUGUCUUUAUGAUCAGUGCAGUUAGAAUUGAGAAAUAGACUUACACUAUUCAUUUGGGUCAGAUGAUGACUUAUUAAAUAAAAGCUCAGGAGACUAUAAAACUCUAAUAUCAAUCAGUCACUCAAACAUCUAAUAAUCAAUAGAAGUUUGUAACUCUACAAAUCUAAAAUAUUCAUCAAUCCAUUGAAAAUCUAUAUUUUGAUAUUACUCAUACUUCCAUCAAACCUAUUAAUUAUUUUAAUAAAUACCCGAAAGCUAUCUCAUAUCACCUGUAUGAUUAAUUUGGUUUGUAUGAAAUUUCCAUCAAGGCCUUACAUAAUUAGACUUUUAUUGGAGUAAUAAUUACAAAUGGUGAGUUAAAUGCUUUAAUUGAUAGCAUAUCACAAUAUUAGUUAACUAAGAUGGGAUAACCAAACUAUUAUGAAGUCUUUUUGUAAUAAAAAUCAAAACUCUUCUUGGAAGUAUUUACUUGCUCUGGAUCUAUAUUAGUAUAAGGAACAAAAAAUGAAACUAAUCUUGCCAAAUAAAUAUUUGAAAUCUAAGUGAUGAAUUCAUCGAAAGAUCAUAUUCAAUCGAUUCUAUAACUUGAUGAAGUGAAAUUGAUAUCAAGUCAUACACAAGAUGACAACAAAAAUAAAAUUUCAUCAUAUUUUAUCAAAUAACAGACUUUUGAUUAAGGAGAAGUUAUCCCAUAAACAUCAUUUGAAAUUAGUGAUAAAUCUGUAGAUUGGUACAAAGUUGAUGAUAAUUUGAUCAUCCAUAUCCCAAAUCUUAUAUAAGUAAAACAGGAUAUUUAAGCAAUCCAUAUUUAUUUUAUUGUAAGGAUGCAAUAAGCAAUUGGCGAAAAGAGUCUUGCCUGCAUGUUUGAAUCCAAUUAUGUCAACAAUAAGACGAAUGUUUAUGGUAAAUACACUUAGGUUGUUGAAUAAAGCAAUACGAGUAACUUUACUACUGUCACUUUUACGACCAAAGACCAAUAAGCGAAGUAUUUGAGUGUGGUUGGGAAAGUGCAAUUAUAAAUAGAGUAUUAGACUGAAGAACUCACAUAUCCUUUGCCAAUAAUAGAGAUGAACUAUACUAACAAUUUACAGGAAUCCACUCAAUAAUGGAUCUUAUUGGGUAUAUUUCUGACGAUCUUGUUCGUUACAGGUGCAUCAUUAGAACCAUAACACACUCAAUAUUGA